AAAACAAAGAUCACGCAACGCCAUACUGUUAAAUUCAAAAUGCACUGGUUUCCUAACGAAGGCGCUAUUUGAGAUUGACAUAUAUAAUUUAGCAUCUCUUACUGUGCCUGAUGAGGAUAAAACUUUGGUAGCUCUUCAGAUUUGACGAUGUCACGUAAAAACGCUCCCAAUUAACUUGCGUGACACUGUUUGCUCGUUUCUUAUGGUCAGCGGUAAAGCAACAGAUAUGCACAGCCCUCCCUUAGCAGGAAGCGAAAACUCUAAAGAUCAUUAAAAUUUGCCGUUUUAGAACAUCAAAGUACACAAUAACAAGCUUACAUAAAUUCAUUUUAUUAGUUAAAUGUAGAUAUGAUCACAUAUUUUUCAAGACAUCUCGCAGUCUUUGUUAAUAUGGUGAAAUUACAACACCUUUACCCUCCCCACUGAGGUUUGCUGUACUAGCUCCUCCCCUGUAAAAUGUGAACAAGACUCGCUUGACAGCCGCCACUCUGCGAUCAAAAAUAUUGAAUUUCACCUUGUUAUAUAAUUUUGAUUUUCUACCACAGUAUUACAGUGCUUCAGCAGAAUCUUCUACAAGCUUAAAAAGGGAUGUGGAGUCAAUUUAUCCGUGAAAAAAGUGACUCAAACCGAGCGAAAACGUUAUGACUUCCCGGUUGACACGUCAGCCUCAGUGGCGGGUUCUUAAUUGAAGAUCUGUGAUUUAGGAUGAACUUUGCUUCGGGAAUCAUCGCGAUUUCUUUAUAAACCAUUGGAAAUCAUACUGGAUACUUCCUCAUGGCUUUGUCCCUUUUUCUAAGGCGAUUGUUAAGGUGUCGUUCAUUCAAGAAAACUAUGAUAUUCCUGGUAGUCGUUCUUGCACAGAUAUGGUUGGCAAUUCCAGUACUCUUUGGUCAACGUGGACAGACAUGGCCCCAACAAUUCCGCGUUGUUUUCCCGCAAAAUUUCCAGGCACCAUUCGUUCCUCUGGUCAUUUUUAGCUCUUAUAGGCCAAGGUAUUUGGAAAGGACGUUAGAUUCAAUUUCGUCCGCGGGAAGCAUUGUCCCUUCCACACCUUGUUUGUUUAUCUUGCAUCACACUAAAGCCUCUUCCAUGGAAGACAUCAACGAGACUUACAAGGUGCUUGGCAAAAUCACAUUUUGUAGAAAGCUAGUGUGGACAUUCGGAAAUGAAGAGGAGGAACGGAGCCCUGAAGUUCUGAAAGCUCACUGGUGGAAUACGAUGAAAAAAGUGUUUGACGAACAUGAAAAUACAGCCAAUCAGAAUACAGGAAAGCUGUUGUAUACUUGAUGGUGUUACACCCAACUUCUCUUCAUGAGCUGUGCGUAUGCUGCAUUGAUUAUGUUGGCCACUGUAUGUUCUGUGGUAUUAGAAUAAAAUAGUUCUGCAAUGCUUUCUGUUGUCGACACAUCAUG